CAGUCGUAAAACAGCGUCAUGUCUGAACAAGCAGCUUAUGGCUUAGCCUGAAAGCUAACGUCUUAGUUUUGUUUUUGGAUUUUUUUUGUUUCUUUUUUUGAUUUAGUUUGGCGGGCCGGGUUUUCUUCUAGAUGGAGACCAAGAGCUUACCAUGAAACUCCGGGUGCAGAAUGACAGGAGUGAUUCCAGAAGAGCACAGAAACUGAGGGAGUCUCCUACUGUAAUGCAGCCCAAUUCAGCUGAACGGGGCGAUCGUGCAGGAAAUGGUUUAUCUCUAACUCUGCAGCCAGAGCUUCUCACCAGGGCACCUGUCAGUGGUGCUGCUGCCGCCGCCAGCCCUGAGAGCAGCGAGGUGCGGGUACCCAUGUCCGGUGGCCCUGGAGAGUCAAGUGGAAGCGCAUCAUCCAGGAGAUGCAGGAUCAACUCCCACAGCCACUCCCAUUCGCAUUCACACGCACAUAGUCGGGCGCACCCCUCCGGUUCGGAGCCUGAGCUGGAUCCGCCUGACUCCGAUCUGGACUCCGGAGAACCCAGCGCCUCCCUUUCUGAGCUACGCUGUCUGUUCCGCUGGCUCCAAAAGAGUCUUCCUUUCCUCGUUAUACUGUGUGCUAAACUGGUGAUCCAGCACACUCUAGGUUUAGCAGUUGGGAUUGGCCUCUUCACAACUUUUUUAUAUGUGAAUAAAAACAUUCAAACUCAAGUCUUUCUUCAGGAUCGUCACUCAAAACUGCAGUGCAUAUGGCUGCUACUCUUCCUGAUCUCCUCUACCUUCCUGCUUUACUACACCUUCCUCACAGAGACACUUUAUCAUUGCCUCAUCCUGCUCAGUCCAACCAUUGAGCCACUGGGUUUCUGGGAAACGCUUUGGGCAGUCGGCAUCACCAACUUCAUAAUAAAAUUCUUCUUUAUGGGAAUUAAGUGCCUUAUUCUGCUGCUGCCCACUUCACUGGUGACCUAUCGAACUCAGGGGCGGUGGCUGAUGCUGACUGAGGAGCUGGGUCAAGUCCACCAGGCUAUAGCGCCUAUUCCACUGUGGUUCCGCUACCUAGUCACCUACCAGGAGACAGAAGGCAUCCCUGGACUCACACUUGGGGUCCUGCUGGCUUUGCUCUACCUCAUACUAAAGCUUUUAGGAUUGUAUGGUCAGUGGACAUCUUUACUGAAAACUGGGAGGCUAUUUCUAAGAGCCGAGUGUACGGGCACAGCAGCCACAAGGAGUCAGUGCAGCGAGGCUGGAGAUGUCUGCCCCAUCUGUCAGGGAGAGUACAGGGAGCCUCGUGCUCUACUCUGUCAGCACAUAUUCUGCGAUGAAUGCAUCGCUCUGUGGUUUAACCGGGAGAAGAGCUGCCCAAUGUGCCGCACAGUCAUCACAGAGAUGGUCUACAAAUGGAGGGAUGGAGCCACAUCGCCACACCUGCAGAUUUAUUAAUAAGGAGCAGAAAGGGGUGGGCUGAUUGGGUCUGAGAUAUUGGUAUUAUUUUGUAUGUAAUAUGUAGUUUUUUUUUUUCCAUGGCUCUCAAGUCCCACUGAUAAAUAAUGUCAUACACACUGUUUCAUUAUUCAGCUAAGGGCUGGGCUCCCUGCUGGCCGAGGCCAGUAAGAGCACACAACUUGCACCUACAGCAGGCACGUUUGUUUUUUUAGCUGUACAUCCCAACUUGUUAUUCUCACAAACUGCAAGUUGAUUAUUUUCCUGCCCUCAAGUAUUUCUUUUUUAAUUUUCCUAUUUGAAGUUGUUUCCUUUUGUGUUGCUUUUCUUCACCUUUUAGUCUUUCAAACUUUGCUCACAAAUGAAAAUUUCUGUACUUCCACGGUUUCUUCUGUUUGUAAAUAUGAGAGCGUAAGAGAAUUAUAUAGACUUUUCCUUUAAAUCUGAACAAACAUACAGCACACGAUCUCCAGUGUUACCAAAAUUGUGAUAGCAACUUUUCUGAUUCAUCCAAACGAAUGCAUAUGAUUUAGAUGUCAUUCAGUUAAGAGGCCGGAGAGCCGAUGUACUGGAAAGCUUUUAGGAAACUUGAGUAUGCAGUAACAUGGACACGGCAAAGAAUGGGUUUGCUUUCAGCUUUUUUUUUUUGGGGGGGGGGGGGGGGGGCUGUAUUUUUAACAGCUGAUGAAGCAAAUGCAUGUUUGUGAUACUGAAUUACACAUAAAUUAUUUUUUUACAGGGCUGACAUCGCCCCGUUUUUGUAAAAAAACCAAAGACUGGGAGAAACAUCUAUUUUGUGUAUGAAAAUCAUUUCACUGUUAUUUUUACCCACUCAGAUCCAUAAACUAUCUGAAUAAAGAUCUACAUCUGAA